AUGGUUGCUAACGCAAACUUCAUCAUCUCCAGCAAUUUCUCUUGUCUUCCUCUUAAGGUCAACCCAAACCCAAACCUAAAACCCAAAACUGUUCUCAAAACCCAAAACACUUUUUUACUAUUUUCAAAUACCAGAGCAAGAAAAGGCCUAAAAUUUUCAAAUUUGGUUAAACCCCAACACAUUUAUAAUUACAGGAAGAAGGAUGUUCUUCUUCAAACAUGUUGUAGCACCUUAAACUCUGACGACAAGUCACAGGAUGACCAAGUUCUAGAUAAAGAUGCUGUCGAUGGUGGCAAAGAGGGAGGAAGGGACUGGACAACCUCAAUUUUGCUAUUUGUCUUCUGGGGUGGACUCAUUUACUAUGUUUUCAAUCUCACCCCUGACCAGACCCCGACAAGGGACAUGUAUUUCUUGGAGAAACUUCUCAAUUUGAAGGGAGACGAUGGCUUUAGGAUGAAUUCUGUGCUUGUGUCUUUGUGGUACAUCAUGGGUCUUUGGCCUUUAGUUUAUAGCAUGCUUCUAAUUCCAGCAGGCAGAAGCUCAAAAACCAAUAUUCCCGUUUGGCCAUUCCUUAUCCUUUCAUGUUUUGGGGGUGCAUAUGCUCUUCUACCCUAUUUUGUUCUCUGGAGACCACCACCACCUACUGUUGAAGAAAAUGAGCUUGGAAGAUGGCCUCUUAAUUUUUUGGAAUCAAAGUUGACUGCUGGGGAAAUGCAAGUUAACUCUAUUACACUUCAGGUAUUACUGGCUGCAGGGCUGGCUAUAAUCCCUAGUGCAGCUUUAAAUGUUGGUGAUUGGAAGGAAUUCUUCCAGUAUUUUAAGGAAAGCAAAUUCAUCCAUAUCACAUGCCUUGAUUUCACUCUACUAUCUGCUUUUGGCCCUUUUUGGGUUUACAACGAUAUGACCGCCAGGAAUUGGUAUGAUAAAGGUUCCUGGCUUCUUCCUGUAUCACUUUUUCCAUUCUUGGGUCCUGCAUUGUAUCUAGUCCUGCGGCCAUCACUCUCAGAAAUGCCUGUUCCACUCGGCCCAACUUCUUCAUCUGAAGAGUAG